UAUAUAGAUUGUAUGAGGUUUCUUUUUUAUUUAUGAUUUAAAUGGUGGUUAAAGAUCAUUUGUUUCUUAUUGUUAUUUUUUUUAGUUUAUUUAAUUUUCCCCACAUACACGCAAUGUCUGCCAUUAGAAUUUCAGAAUUUGAUACUGUUUAUUUCUCAGUUGCCAUCAAGAUCAAAAAAGAGAGUAGAAUGUUUUCCUUUAUACUAUUGGCUUUUUGACCCUUUUUUAUACCAGCAUUAAGGAACGGCAUUGAAUCAUGACCCCCAGAAAAAGAAGAAAAAAAAAAAAAAAAGGACAGAGGAACUGCAUUUCACUAUAUGAUAAUAAUCAUAAUUAUUUAAGAAAAGAUCUGUAUUAGCCAGAUCUGAAAAGGUAUUGAAAUAGACAGUAUAUGGCCACCCAGGGCUCGGAGCUGAAGUUCUCAGGAGAGCGUGAGGUGGCAACACUAUCCCAACUGGCAACGCUGGAGGAAGAGUUACGCACCUUGAGGCUAGCCACAACCAUUCACCACACACUGCACGAGGGAGGUGAAGGAGGCUUGGGGGGAACUAACCAAGGUGUGAGCCGGGUCUCAGCCGAGUACAUGGAAGGACUUUGUACCCAGUUGCGAGAAAGUGAAACAUCGAGAUGGCAGCUGCUUGACCAGUGUACGCGACUUGAAAAAUUGGUGAAAGUUCUGCGCAAAAAAGUCAAUGGACUUGGAGUCCUGGAAUCAGGAGUGCGUACAGAAGGUACAAAGUUGACGCUGGUGGACCUGACUCUUCAUGGCCCAGCCACAGAGAGUCCUCCAGGCUCAGGGCACCACCAUCUUCCAGCCUCAACAUCAUCAGAGGGGGAACCUAAGGACAGCUUGUCAUCGUUGGAGUCUGUGGAAACAGCCUCAGCUUCUUCUUGGAGGAGGGGAGAGGUGCCCUCCAUCACCAGUCAUUCCAAUACAAAUCUGCAUUCCUCCUACAUAUCACAACAUUCCUCAAGUCCUCAUGCAACCUUGAACACACACCUCAAUAAUCACACCAACCUCCUACACUCUAGCCAAACCCAGUCAAACCACAUACAGUCAGGGCAAGUUAACUCCUGCCAUUCGAGCUCAAGCCUAUCGCCUCCCUCAAGCCACAGCCCACAUACCUCUCCACACCACCGCCAGCAAGGGACGAGCAGCGCAUCCGACCGCGAUACUAAGUACAUUCCAGGAGUGACAAUUGUGGGGCCUAUCACAGAACUGUGAUGAUCAGGGCAAGGAGGUUUUAGUGACCGAGCUGAUUAGGUGUCUUUGUCAGACUUCCCCCAACCCCCUCCCUGACCCUUCUUAACUAUUGUGAGGAUUUUACUUCAUUAAUGUGUUGUUGCCUGUAUAAACAUUAUUUAUGUGAAAUGAAUAAUGAAGUAUGAUGGAUGGGGAGAAAAAACUACGAGUAGAGGUAAUGCCAUGUCAUUUAACUCGUUUUAACCCAGAUUUUGUCACUGUGUGUUGUCAACUCCUUCCUUUUAGUAUGUGUACUUCCCGAAGAUCAACAUGCCUCAUGUCUCCGUCCUCCAUCGUACUUAUAUGUGUGAUAUACUUGCCUUGUAAUUGUUUAUCUUCUUGGUUUCCUAGUAUGGUGCUUAUUGGCCUCUUGUGUGAGGCCAGAACGGAAGAAACGAUGGUGCGAUGGUGAGCCUGAACCCUUUCAGUCUUGAACUCAUUUCUGACCCCAAGGAAAGGGAGUGGCUGUUAGGAUCAUUAAACUUCUAGUGCGUAGAUAUAUGGAUGUGGCCUAGUGAAUUGUAGGAAAAAGGUUGAUCUGAAAUGACGCCUUACUUAGCGAGGUACCAGACUCUCCAAGUAAGUGACGACAGACAAAACUAUUUUAGUGGUAAAAUUUUUAUUUGCUAAUCAUAUCCCCUUUUUCUUUCUUUUUCUUUUUUCUUUUCUUUUAAUACUGUAGGACAUAAGAAGACUUGAAAAAUGUAUAUAAAGUAUUUACUGUACGAGGUUUUCAUUCCAUCAUAAUGAAUACUGUACAGGGUGACCAGAUGUUCGAUAAAUAUAUGUAAGAUGGACAUGCCAGGGUUUACUUGAAGUGGUUGAGUAGUGAGAUGCAGGGCUGUGUCAGUUUCAAGCUCAACUGUCACACCUUCCCAUGAGGUUUAGUAAUGCUGCAUAAUAUUGAUCUGUGGCUGUGUAAAAUAGGAAUAAUGAUUUAGGUAUUUUUUUUAUUAUCAUUUUCAUUAUAUUAAUCCAUUGGUCGUGGUAUUAUGUAAUAUGGCGGUUUGGGAGACCGUACAGGAGAGUGCACUGUAUGGCAGUGCUGCUUUCCUUCCUUGACACAUAUGUUUGGGUAUGUAUAUAUAAACACAAAUUUGUUUGUGUAUGUAUAAAUAAUCCCUUGCAGAUACUUGCAAGCAUGCAGACAUAUGUAAAUGCGCUCAGAGAGAGUGGAGGGCCUGGCCUU